UUUCUGGCUUUUAUCAUUGUUGUGAGCAGAGGUAUCAUCCUUAUAAAUAAUAAUUAAAGCAAUGGGGAUAGAAGAAGAAGAAGAAGAAGAAGAAGAAGAAGGGUGUUUGACACCCAGGCAUGGUGGGUGUCAGAUUCCGGCGGCGGUGGUGUGUCCACCGCCACCGAAGAAGAAGCGGUGCUCCAAUGGGGGAAAGAGGGAACCACCAAAGAAUGGGUACUUCAAAUCGCCGGAGCUUGAACUCCUCUUCCCUAUGCCGCCGCCGCCGCCAACACGCCAUUCCUGGGUUUAAUUCAUUGAUUUAGCUUUAGUUACUCUCUCUCUCUCUCUCUGAAUUUUUUCUUUUUGGUAAUGAAUUUGUAGGAUAGCCAGUUUUGUAUGUAAAUUGUGAAUGUUGAUAGUUUUUUUUUGCAGUGAAGAAUUAGUAUAUAUUAUUAUAUA